AUCUCGCGCCGAGCUCCAGUGAGUAAGAAUCGCACUUGCUGUCUAGUGUGUAGUGUGUAGUAUACAGUGUGUAGUGUGCGGCGUACGUGAGCUUUCCAUUCCCUGUUUUCCUUAAGCGGGACAGAGGGGGAGGGUUGAGCUCCAAAUGACGUUACCGAGCCCGAUAAAACACCAAGCGGCUUCGCGCGGACGCAUAGACAGUCCGUCCGCGCGCACAGAGCGACAGCAGCAGCCGCACCUCCCGCAGACACCGAAUCGCGUCUCAUUCGUCAUACAUUCUUCGUGUUAAAUACCGACGACAACGAUGGUCUGAAGAGAUUUAGGCGAUCAAUUUGUGAAUGUAAUUCCAUUACAUUCAUCUGAUCAGCGCGCGUAAAGGCCGCUUUGGUUUCGCAGUCUCCUCAGUCGCCUUCUCUCUGAGAGAUUCACGUGCCCAUGCGAUUCUUCAGACUCACCUUUAAGUGUUUCGUGGAUUGUUUUUGAAGGUGCUGUUUCAAAUCGGUGUCUUUUUUCUUUCACGAUCUGUUAUUUAUUUUCCAAACGCGUUUUUUUAACGAAACAAACCAAUAAUAACCGUUGCCAAUUUCGCCGAGAGAAUCAAACUGCCAUCCCCUUGACCGUUUGACAUUGAAGAGAAACUGAAAAAAAUAAAUAAAACAUCCGUAAAGAAUAGCACUGCAGAUUUGAUUGAAUAAAAGGACAAAGGACCGUAUCCCGUGCACCUGGAGAAGAACAAAAGGGACAUCUUGGUGUGAAUAAAUAAAAUUGACUUAAUCCAAAAACAAAUAAUUAUUUUUGACUGCUGAUUUAAGCCCCUCUCGAGUCUCGUGAGGAGGUUCGUUUGCUUUGUUUACAUGAAGAUGGAUAAAUCCUCUCUGGACGCAGAAUGCUGCGCCCUGAACACGGUCCUGGUGGAGGAGAAGAAGGGCCAUCUCAUUCCCAAUGGAAGCGCGCAUCAAGGCGCCAACGGGACCCUCACCAUAUCAGCGGCUACAGGAGCCAUGUCGGCGGCGCAGAAGAAGCAGGCUUUACCCGAGCGAGAGACGUGGACCAGACAGAUGGACUUCAUGAUGUCCUGUGUGGGGUUCGCCGUGGGUCUGGGGAACGUCUGGCGCUUCCCGUACCUGUGCUACAAAAAUGGUGGAGGAGUGUUCCUCAUUCCCUAUGUGUUGUUCAUAUUUCUGGGAGGCAUUCCGAUAUUCUUCCUGGAGAUUGCGCUGGGUCAGUUUAUGAAGGCAGGAAGCAUCAAUGUGUGGAACAUUGCACCUCUUUUUAAAGGACUUGGCUUUGCCUCCAUGGUGAUUGUGUUUUUCUGUAACACGUACUACAUCAUGGUACUCGCCUGGGGUUUCUACUACUUCAUAAAGUCCCUCAGUUCCACGCUGCCCUGGUCCAGCUGUGACAACCCGUGGAACACCGAAAACUGCAUUGUGAACUUCCGCCACAACGAAUGCCACAACGGCACCAUUGGCAACUCCACAUUCGGGAACCGGACAUGUGAAGAACUUGCUAAUGGCCGUUCCCCUAUCAUUGAAUUCUGGGAGAACAAGGUUCUGAACAUCUCUGAUGGGCUGGAUGAGCCAGGAGUCAUAAACUGGGAACUGUUGCUGUGUCUUAUGGCUGUGUGGGUGAUGGUUUACUUCUGUGUGUGGAAGGGGGUGAAGUCAACAGGAAAGAUUGUGUAUGUCACUGCCACGUUCCCGUAUGUGGUCCUGAUUAUUCUCCUGGUGAGGGGCGUCACUCUUCCUGGUGCUUAUGAUGGGAUCAUGUACUAUGUCAAACCUGACUGGUCUAAGCUAGGAGAGGCACAGGUCUGGAUCGAUGCUGGUACUCAAAUCUUUUUCUCCUAUGCUAUCGGACUCGGAGCCCUCACGGCCCUCGGCAGCUAUAACCGAUUCAACAAUGACUGCUAUAAGGACGCUUUUGUUCUGGCUUUCAUUAAUAGUGGCACCAGUUUCUUUUCUGGUUUCGUGGUCUUCUCCAUCUUAGGUUUCAUGGCGUCUGAACAAGGUGUGGAUAUCUCUAAAGUGGCUGAAUCAGGCCCCGGUUUGGCGUUCAUAGCAUACCCUAAAGCCAUUUCUAUGAUGCCCAUGGCUCCGGUGUGGGCUGCCCUAUUCUUCAUCAUGCUGCUGCUGCUGGGACUGGACAGUCAGUUUGUUGGUGUUGAGGGUUUCGUAACUGGCAUUCUUGAUCUUUUCCCUGGAAAGUAUUACAUGCGCUAUAAGCGCGAAAUCGCUGUGGCGAUCUGCUGUUUAUUAUGCUUCAUUAUAGAUCUCUCCAUGGUUACACAGGGAGGGAUGUACGUCUUCCAGCUUUUUGACUACUACUCAGCCAGUGGAAUGACCCUACUCUGGCAAGCAUUCUGGGAAUGCGUGGUUGUCGCGUGGGUUUAUGGUGCUGACAGGUUCAUGGAUGAUAUUGCGCGUAUGAUCGGUUACCGGCCAUUCCCGUGGAUGAAAUGGUGCUGGUCCUUUAUAACUCCAUGUGUUUGCAUGGGUAUCUUCCUGUUUCAUCUACUGAACUACAAGCCUCUGACCUACAACAAUGUGUAUGUGUACCCGUGGUGGGGCGAGGUGAUCGGAUGGUGUCUGGCUCUCUCCUCCAUGCUCUGUAUCCCCGUUAGCGUUGUGUACAAGCUCUCUGCGGCCAAGGGAACAUUCAGAGAGCGUUGGGAAAAUCUGACCAAACCAGUGUGGGGAGCCCAUCACCUCGAAUACAUGGCCCCUGACACUGACAUUAAAAGCCUGGCCUCUCUGUCUCCUGGAACGGAGGAGAACAAGGUGAUCAUUUUUGAGAGUGUUAUGUAGAUUAAAGGGAAAUGCUACGACAACCCUCCUAAGGCAAGCUGGUUGAAGAAAUCUUCAGUAUUUUAUUUUUAUUUUUUGGGUCAUUUUAUGGAAUUCUGCAUCAUCUUACAGUCUUAAAACCUCUGAUGGAAAUUGACGGUUACAUUUUGUUUCGUACAACAGAUCCUCUAGCAUGCACAUUACCAGAUGCUCCUCCUCCUCCACCUGUUGAAACUGCAAACUAUAUACAUGAUUUAAAAGAAAAACAAUGUGCAAAGUUUAUUGCAGAUAUCAAGACUUGCAGGGUGAAAUCAGCAUGUCUUUGGAGGGGACAGUAUAGUGUAGUCUAUAACAUUAUUUCACAGAGCGGCAGAAUUCCCACAGGCCACUUUCCUGAACGUGAUAUGGGUCUCUUUGCACUGACAUGAGUAUCAAAUCUGAGCAAGAAGCACAUGGAUAAAAGGAAGAAAAAAAACGGUGGUGGUGGGGAUACAUGUUAUAAAUGCAUCCUUGACUAAAAGUGGCCCAAUACAGAUAAUAAUUAGUAAUUAACGUUUCCAAAUUCAUAUAAUCUCAUGCAUAUUUAAACUAAAAUAAUGUACGCUUCAAUAAACUGUUUAACUGAUCAGCAAAAACAGAUCUACCAAUCAAACUAAAUGUGUACAUUUUAUGCCAACAAGGCUACAUGUAGUUACCAAAUAUUGAGAUAUAAAUAUUGAAUAUUGUAGCUUGUGCUUGAUGUGUAUUUAUCUGAGACAGGUGACCUCAUUUCCUAGUGCAUGAUAUCACAACGUUUACUGUACGUGCCAAACGGAGCGUGACGUCCAUCUCUGCUCGGGCUUGUCAGGAGAUGGUUUCAGUUGCCAUAAAUAAAAUCAAUAACUUCCUAGUUCCGCUGAAAUGUACUUUGUGCUCCAUCUAUCCUGCACAUCAAGAGAUGCAUGCUUGGAAGCAUCUAGAGUUUUGAAUCCGACACAUGCAGGAUUUCAGACAUGGUGCUUAUGAACCUAAAGUUGCAUUUUGUCAAAGACUGAUUUGUCAACACGAAGCAUUCAUUUUUGACAGUGCAAUCAAUAAUUUAUCCAGUUUCACUCUGAAUAUCAUCACAUUAGUGAAUUACAACAGACUGCAAGCAACGUUUCCUGCAGACUUUGUUUACAAUUUUAGUUUCAGUUCUACAUUUUGAGUGCCAGUAUUAGUAGGCUCUCUGGAAAAAAAAAAUAUAGAUUUUAAAAAAGCCAGUGCAAAUAAAACAUAGUAUAGUUUCACAAAAAUGCAUAUUAUUUUAAAGAUUCCUAUAGCUUUGUCAAUCCAAUAUUCUACAGAUUGAAAGCAGGUUAUAGUGGGCAAUAUAACAGAUAAGUCAAAAGACAGAUUUUUGAAACCAAAUCCAUUUAGAUGCAGCAUUUUUUUUUUUUUUUUUUUUUUGCCAAUGUGCAGAAUACUGAGUCUCAGUGUAUGUUCUGCUGUAAAGGCUGUGACCGCAGGUGAACUAUAGACAUGUAGUUGCCAAACUUUGCCUUUAUUUGUCUUAAGUUGAGAACCCAUAGACAAAUAGCCAAGAUUAAACAAGACACACCAGCCUCAUUCCGACCUGUGGGAAUUCUGCCCUGUAGGAGAAUCAACUCAAACACUAAAUCAUUGUGACAUUAUAGAUGUAAUCAGAAUGUACAAAUUAGACUACAUAAUGUAAGGCCUCAGAAAAUAUUUGCACAUUGUUGUAAAAUCUGCUAGCACUUUUUUAAUCGUGUUAGAAAGCAUUUUCUUUUUUCUUCUUGUGAUUUACAUGCUGUAAAAUAAAUCAGAGAUUUAUUUUGUGAAGGCUUUUAUUUUGCUUAUAUGCAUAUAAAUAUAAAUACAUAUUGAUAAAUGUGUGCUAUAUUUUAACAUUUGAUGCUGUAUGUACUUUUGAUAAAGAUGAUAGCAUGGAGUGGGAAUUCUUAGUGAAAUGUUGCAAAGCAGUUGCCAGAAAGGAUACAAGAGAUAGCACACAAAAUUAUUUUAUUUAAAAUAUCAAGUGCUGCGGUUGUUAAAUGUUUUAGAUUGUGUGUGUAAAACUCCAGUAUUUUCUGCUGACCACCCAGAAUCCAGCUCGAUUUGGUUUUCAAUGAACAUUUAUAUUGGUGAAACCAUUUACCUUACCAGAGGCUAGAAGAACAGGUGGUUAUUUCAGCAAAAGGUGGCUCUACUAAAAACUGAUGCUAUUAUUUGAUUGGGUACCCACAUUUUUUCACCUGUGUUUUUGUUCCGAAUCACAUUGCAUUGUUUCUAUCGAUUCAAAAAAUGUUAUUUUAGAACUUUAAAAAAGUGUUUCCACAAGGUAUCAAAUAUAUCCAAAUGAAGUUGCUGUUUCGAAAGGCCAGCAGAUUAUGUAUUUAAAUUAUGAUCAUUCAGGGGUGCCAAAACUUUUGCAUAAAACUGUAUAAUUUUAUAUCUCACUGUAAAAUACCCAUAAACCAACAGUGGUUUGGGGGAAAACUGGAAUAUUUCCAUUUAAAAAUAAAUAAAAACCUUCCACAGUUUCCCCCUAAAUGGGUGUGUGUCUGUGUAUAUAUAGAUGUCCAUUUUAGUGGCACAUCCAUUCAUUCCCAUAGACCUGAUGCCUUUAUGACUGUCAGCAGUGAGAAUGAUCUAAGUGCCCCUCAGACAUCUGAGGACUAAGUUAACCUCCUCACCACUUCCAAUUUAGAGAUACUGGUUUACCAAAGGCCUUACUCGUUUACCCAUCAAACUAUUAAGUCCAAUUUGAGUUAAAGUAAUAUCUCACUCAAAAAAUUGCUAAUACUUUACACACUCUUGGGCCUUCCAAAAUAUGAGUUUGUUUCUUCAGGGAACAGAUUUGGAGAAAUGUAGCAUUACAUCAUUUGCUCACUAAUGGAUCCUCUGCAGUGAAUGGGUGCCGUCAGAAUGAGAGUCCAAACAGCUGAUGAAAACAUCACAGUAAUCCACACGACACCAGUCCAUCAAUUAAUGUCUUGUAAGUGAAAAGCUGUAUUAGUCAAAAACCAAUCCAUCAAGCCGUUUUUAACUUCGGUUUUACAAUUGUGAUGCUUUUAUCAGCUCUUUCUGCUCUUAUUCUGACGGCAUCUACACGUUGGAUGGCCUGUGGGUGAGCACGUUUUCAGCUAAAUAGUAUUUUUGUCAAACUGCAAACAAAAAAUCAGUCAAAUCGAACACAAAUUUUCAGCAUCAGAAAGAUUCAUUUCGUUCCGUCCGAAUAAGAGCCUGGGUUGGUCAGUAGAUAAAUUAUUAGAUAGUGAUUACAUGUAGAAAUGUUUAUCUAGAAAAAAAUGUU